AUUAUUAGUAUAUAAAUACAUAAAAGGCUCCUCCUUUAUUUUUGUUCCUCAUCACUCCCACCCUCCCAUUCUUUCUUUCUAUCUUCCUUUCUCUCUCUCUCUGCAACUCUCUAGCUUCUCUCUCUUUGUUGUUGAUGUGAUUCUCUCCACUAUUAUCUUCAAAAACCCAUCAACCUUUUACAAAAGAGAGAAAGAAUUAAAGACCACCACAAGAGAGAAGCAUGGUUUUCUCUUCCAUUCCAGCUUAUCUUGAUCCAGCCAACUGGCAGCAGCAACCAAAUCAGCACCACCACUUAACAGGAAGCAACACCAACAACAUUAGCAACAACAACAUCGACAACAACAACUCUCACUUCCUUCCACCUCCUCCGCAGCCGCCGCCUUCAAACCCUCAUGGAGGCAGUGGGGUAGGUGGCUCAGGCUCGAUCAGGCCAGGUUCCAUGGCAGAUCGAGCCCGCAUGGCCAACAUCCCCCUCCCAGAGCAGGCACUAAAAUGCCCGCGGUGCGAGUCCACCAACACCAAGUUCUGCUACUUCAACAACUACAGCCUCACGCAGCCCCGCCACUUUUGCAAGACCUGCAGAAGGUACUGGACACGCGGUGGGGCCCUGCGUAACGUUCCAGUUGGCGGUGGCUGCAGGAGAAACAAAAGGAGCAAGGGAACCAGCAGCAGCGCCUCCAAGUCCCCAGCCAGCAGCUCGGACCCGCCAACCGGCUCGGCCAGUUCGUCAGGCCACGCAAAUUUAGGGUUAAACAACAACAGUACGGCCGGCUCGGCGGAUAAUGAUAACAUGAUGAUGAGCCCGCAAAUCCCACCGCUCCGUUUUAUGUCGCCUUUCGCCACCGACAUGGCUUUAAAUUUCGGCAUGAUGAACAAUAAUUAUGGAAUUGGAGACUUGAAUGGUUUUCAUCAGAUGGGGAGUGGUCCAGGAGCUAGCGGUGGAUCGCUCUUUAAUUUCCAGCAGCAGACGCCGUCGUUUCCUUUCAUGGCGGGGUUGGAUCCUACGUCAGCGGGGCUGAUGUUCGAGAGCAGCGGAGUUGAGCUAACGGGGUAUAAUCAGGUGAGGCCAAGAGCACCGUCUGCGGGGAUGAGUAUACCUCAAAUGGCUUCGGUGAAGACGGAAUUAGAAAGUCAGCAACAACAACAGGAGUUGAAUUUGUCGAGGCAGUUGUUGGGGAUGAAUAAUAAUUCAGGAAAUGAUCAGUUCUGGAGCAAUGGCGGCCGCGGCGGUGGUGGUGCUAGUACUACUACUGCAUGGACUGAUCUUUCGGGGUUUAAUUCUACUUCCACUACUAGCAAUAAUAUUAACAAUCCCCUAUAAACUUCAGUUCCAAUUUGUACUUUGGUGAUCAGAUCGAAUACUUCACUGCGAAGCUGCUAGCUUCAAGUUUUACUUAAUUUUAUAGAAAAUUAACUCGGAAGAAAUCAAGAGCUCCUUCCUAUCAUUGGAUGAUAAAAUGUGAGGAAAUUAAGGAUGAUGAGCUUUGUUCUUCGUGAUGGUCUAGUAGAAACCCUAGAAAUGGUAGGUUUUUGUUUUAUGUUCUUGUUUACUUCUUUUUUCCUGCUUCAUCUGUGAGCUUAGGGACUGUUUUAUUUUGGAUUUAGUUUUAGGAAGGCAUUAUAUAUAUGAUGUAUGAGCUAGCUAGCAUGCUUGCAAUACUAUUACAGUGAUUGUAUGAGUACUUCAUGGAGCUUUGAAUGAAAAUCGAACGUCUUUGUACUUCAA